UAAUAAUGGCGUAAGCUUAAAAUAGAUCCAGGGAGGAGCUCAUUAACGUGAACAUAGAAAGCAGUUCCGCACCUCUGGCCUUACUCCUUUUAGAAAUUGCUUUGGUCCAUUUUUACUUCCUUUUAUUCGACGCACCAGAAAAUAAAAGACUUUUACCAACAUUUUUACCGCAUUUGACGAUGAACUAAUUUAGACCGGCUAAAAUAAUUGUUUCACUGGGACACAGGAAUUCAACCUCAGUUCAGAAAAUCCCUGACAUCUGACGUAGGAGGAUUUAUAGGUUUAGUGGAAAUUGCUUUCUCCUGCUCUCCAGAUUGCAUCCUGUGGGUUGAUUUUUUUUGCAUGAGUAAACAUCCUUCUAAUAAUGAAUGGACCAAUAAUGUCUUAAGAGAGAAAAAGAACAACCUUUUCCUUUUUGCUCUUUCUGGAGAGAAGUGUUUGAAUUUGGAAACCCAUGUUGGCUGUCCCAAAUAUGAAAUUUGGCAUCUUUCUUUUGUGGUGGGGAUGGGUUUUGGCCACUGAAAGCAGAGUGCACUGGCCCGGAAGAGAAGUCCAUGAGAUGUCUAAGAAAGGCAGAAUCCAGGCUUCAUGAAGGCAAAGGCAGUGGCAUCUCAGAAUUUGACAAACCUCCUUUCGUCAGUGUCUGGUUCCAUUUCAGGCUGGCCCAAAGUCAAAUAGGCCUCAAAGACAAAGACGAGAAGUACAUGAAGAUGCCCACAAGCAAGUCAGCCCAAUUCUGAGACGAAGCCCUGACAUCACCAAAUCGCCUCUGACAAAGUCAGAACAGCUUCUGAGGAUAGAUGACCAUGAUUUCAGCAUGAGGCCUGGCUUCGGAGGCCCUGCCAUUCCUGUUGGUGUGGAUGUACAGGUGGAGAGUUUGGAUAGCAUCUCAGAGGUUGACAUGGACUUUACAAUGACCCUCUACCUGAGGCACUACUGGAAGGACGAGAGGCUGUCUUUUCCAAGCACCAACAACCUCAGCAUGACAUUUGAUGGCCGGCUGGUCAAGAAGAUCUGGGUCCCUGACAUGUUUUUCGUUCACUCCAAACGCUCCUUCAUCCACGACACCACCACAGACAACGUCAUGUUGCGGGUCCAGCCCGAUGGGAAAGUGCUCUACAGUCUCAGGGUUACAGUAACUGCUAUGUGCAACAUGGACUUCAGCCGAUUUCCCUUGGACACACAAACGUGCUCUCUUGAAAUUGAAAGCUAUGCCUAUACAGAAGAUGACCUCAUGCUGUACUGGAAAAAAGGCAAUGACUCCUUAAAGACAGAUGAACGGAUCUCACUCUCCCAGUUCCUCAUUCAAGAAUUCCAUACCACCACCAAGCUGGCUUUCUACAGCAGCACAGGCUGGUACAACCGUCUGUACAUUAAUUUCACGUUGCGUCGCCACAUCUUCUUCUUCUUGCUCCAAACUUAUUUCCCCGCUACCCUGAUGGUCAUGCUGUCCUGGGUGUCCUUCUGGAUCGACCGCAGAGCCGUGCCCGCCAGAGUCCCCUUAGGUAUCACGACGGUGCUGACCAUGUCCACCAUCAUCACGGGUGUGAACGCCUCCAUGCCACGCGUCUCCUACAUCAAGGCCGUGGACAUCUACCUCUGGGUCAGCUUCGUGUUCGUGUUCCUCUCGGUGCUGGAGUAUGCGGCCGUCAACUACCUGACCACUGUGCAGGAGAGGAAGGAACAGAAGCUGCGGGAGAAGCUUCCCUGCACCAGUGGAUUACCUCUGCCCCGCACUGUGAUGCUGGAUGGCAACUACAGUGAUGGGGAGGUGAACGACCUGGACAACUACAUGCCAGAGAAUGGAGAGAAGCCCGACAGGAUGAUGGUGCAGCUGACCCUGGCCUCAGAGAGGAGCUCCCCACAGAGGAAAAGUCAGAGAAGCAGCUACGUGAGCAUGAGAAUCGACACCCACGCCAUUGAUAAAUACUCCAGGAUCAUCUUUCCAGCGGCAUACAUUUUAUUCAAUUUAAUAUACUGGUCUAUUUUCUCCUAGAUGCUUGUAAUUCUAUAAAUUUCACAUUUCCAUGGCAUGCACUACAGAAAUAACUGUAUAAAGAAAAAGUAUUUAAGGAUAUGGUUAAAAAAAAAAUCCCAGGACCCACCCAUGUUUUCACUAUCCCUUCUGCAGCUUUCCAAAGCUACAAUGACAAGACACUUACUGGUUUAAUUUGCACUUAUUAACCAUCUAUUGAAUACACAGCAUUAUAUUAGGUGCUGCAGGAAAUACGACACUGUAGCGACUGAUGUUAGUUGUUACCCAGAUCCCCUGGAAAAGCACACUACCAGUGUUGUGGGCACAUUUAGUUCCACCCGUUAGACCCUUGAUGCUAUUCACAUGAAUAAUUUAUUUUCCUUGAGCGUCAUUACAUUCUUCAGGCUACGUGAACUUGGAAGCACCUACAGGCCAUUUGCAUGAAAUUCACAUGCACCUAAAUCCUCACUUUGACAGAAACUCAUGCUUCAGUUUAUAACCUAUUACCUAUUUUGUAUGCAACUCCACCUCCACAUGUUUAUUUUAAUAAAAGGCAAUGAUAAUAUUCACAUUAUUUUUCUUGAUAUGCUGUGGUUCACAGGUUUUACCCCUUCACAAGAAAAGCUCUUUAGAUUGGUGCAAUUGCUUCUGAUUUUGGUGAAAUUUUCCCUGGCAGGGAAACUUUGAAGAUAAGAGUACACACAUGCAUUUUGUCUGUUGUGUCAUAGAGGUACCUAGGCUAGAAAAUUUGUGUUUAAAUGUUCCCUAUUUUAUAUAAUCACCACUUCAUGUAUCUUCUUCUUGGAGCACGUCCUUGUUCAAAGAGAAGUCCUUUCUCAGUGAUGUGAUAUCUUCACUGAGGGACUUGGGUAGAGAAUGAUUUCUUCUGCAUAAACAUUUCAAGGAAAUACAUAAUUUGGGACUACUUGUAACUCGUUAGAAUGAGAAAUACAUGGUUUCUUAAGAGAAAAAGAACAUCAGAAAGCAAAAUAAAUGGGAAGACAUCAUUGGACAUCUGCAUUUAUACUCGAAAUACCAGCAUUUUCUAUGGACCAGAAAACUGGCAUCACCUAGACCACACAGCCCAGAUACCAGGCAGAAGGAUGGCCCAAUGGCAACUGAUGUCAGGGCAUGGGGUAAAGGAGAGGGUUCUAAUUUGAUGUAUCAUUUAAAAACAGUUAUUUAUAUUAUAUAUCUACUAUAUAGAUCAACCCCCACCAAACUUACCCAAACAGCAUUUGUUUUAUUUGAAACUCACUUUAAUAAAGUGAAUUAUAUACACAA